AUGAAUUUGAGCCUUUCUUUUGUAGCAAUAUAGUCAUGUAAAAAGGGAACAGAGCAUAUAAAAAAUGCAUUCCUUAAGAUUGGUUUUAGAACAUUAAAACAGAAUACACUUCAUUAGAGUGAAAUAAAUAGAUCACCAACAUUGAUUUAAGCUACAAGUCAAUACUUAGGGAAUAAAAAUGGACAAGAAGCCUAAACUUAAUAAAGGGAAGAUUUUGAAUAGGAGACAAAGAAAUAAAAAUAACUGACAUUUCUAUAAACAAAAGUCAGGUCAUCAACUUCACCUCAAUAAGUAAAUCAGUUGAAUGAACUUAGGAUAUCAUGAGAUAAUAAGAGAAAGAUGAAAUUUUAGAUAAUGAGAUAUCCGAUAAUCAAUCUGUAUAAAAAGAAAUAAUAAAAUCAAAGAAAAAGUCAUUUGUUUAAAAUAAAGGUAUGGAAAAAGAAAUUUAAGGACAUAGAUAAUCAGAACAUCCUUAUUUAAAAUUUGGUGAUGUUUUUGUAAUUAAAACAAAUGUAUCUGGGACAACAAUAGGAGGAAAAUAGAAUGAAACUCAAAUACUUGAAUUAAUUAUAAUAGGAAAUCUAUAGUAUUCUGGUUCAAUUAAUUGUGUAAAUAUGACCAAUUAAGUUAUAAACAAUCCAUAUUCGCAUUAAUAAAAGAGUUUUUUUACAAUAAGGAAUCCAAGAACUAUUACAAGUGAUUAAAGUUAUGUGUGUUAUGGUUAAAGAAUAGUAUUAGUACAUUCUAAAUCACAAUAAAGUGUAAUGAUAAAUUUAGAUGUGCCAUCAUAAGAAAGAGGAUCCUUUUAAGUUAAUUUAUAAUCCUAAAUUGGUCAUUAGAAUAUAUUGAGAAUUAUGCCAUACUCAAGUGCUAAUAAAAUAGGAGAUAAGAUUUAAUAUAAUGAUUAAUUAUUAUUUUAAUAAGAUUCCAAUAGAUAAUAUUAUUUAAAAUUAGAGAAGGAUGAAUCAAGAUAUUCAAGUAAUAAAUUUAUAGAUAUAAAUGCAAGUGAUAGACCUGAUUGUUUUCAUUUGCAUAAAGUAAAAAGUCAUUAAAAUAAUAUAAUUUAAAUUAUACAUCAAUAAUCAAUGAUAGCAAUUGGAACUAGUGAAAAAUAAUUGUAAUAAUUUAUAAUCAAUAAAAAUGCUAUCAUAAAUAAUUUCAAUAAUGAUUAAUAAUAAUAAUAAUAAGAAACUUUUUCUUUAAGAACCUUAGAUCUCAAUAAAUAUUUGAUGCAAGAUUAUGAAGUAUAAUCAAGCAAUCUUUUGAAUUCAUAUACAUAUUUUGAAAUUUAACCUCUAUUUCCAUUUACUGAAUAACAAGCUAGUCCUAAUGCUUGUAAAUUAAAAUCCUUAUUUACAUAGUAAUAUUUGUCAGUAGAUCCUAAUGAUGAAAAAAGUCUUAAAUUAACAGCAGGAUAUAUGUAGGAUGAUUAUAGUGUCUUCUAUUUCAAUCCUGAAUCUACAGAGUAAUAAGAAUCUAAUGAACAAAUUGUUAGUAUUCAAAGUUCUUUAGGAACAUAUUUGAUGUUGACUUAGAAUGGUAAAUUACAAUUUUAACCACUCACAAAUGAUUAGACUCCUCAACUUUUUUCAAUAAAAUAGAUUGACUCUGCAUCAUCAAUAAUUUUAGAGGAUCUUAAUGAAAUUCAUAUGAGAAUCUUAAAUUUCCAUGUUUAUUUAUAAUAAUGGUCAAUUUUAUCAGAUAAAAAGAAAUAAAAUGAAGAUAUUUUUGUAUUUGAUUACUUAAAAUCUUUGUCUCUGAAGGGAUAAUUAGAAUAAGAAGUUUAUCAUUUGUAAUUAUAAUUGGAAGCUCUUAGUAAUCAUCUAUCAAACAAAGCAAAUCAAUAUGAAAUGAAUAAUAAUGUUUAAACUAGUUAUAUAUAGAAAUAAAAGUUAUUAAGAGAAUAAAAGAUUUUGGAAUUGUUAUUUUCAUUAUUAAAAUUAAUUGAUAAUAUUGUAUUUACAUAAUAGAAAGUAUUUAGAGAGAAAGAGAAAAGUAGAUUAUAUAAAACAGAAAGAGCAUUACCAUCAUAAUAAACAGCUGUAUAUAUUAUAUUUAUUUUAUUAGUCUUAUGUAGCAUUCAAAGCUUUAGCAUCUAUUCCUGUACAUAUUUAUAAGAUUAUUCUUUUAUCUAUAAAAAAUAAUCAAAAUAAUCGUAAAAUAGCAUUAGAUAAUGAUGAAUUUUUGUGUAAAUAGAUUCGAAGUUAUGGACCUCAUGUUUCAGCCAUUUUGAGAGAAGCAGUAAAAGAUCAGCCAAAUAUAGAUUUGACAGAUUGGGUUCGUUUAUUAGAACCAUUAGAAGAAGUAGGCAAUAAUAUUUAUGAUAUGACUAUUUAUCUUAAAAUAAUAUCAAUUGCAAUGGUGGAUUCCAGUAAUUAAGGGAUAUUUAGAUAUUAAAAUAAAGUUUGUAAAGAGUUAUUUUCUUAAGGAAAGAAUGGGAAAACAAAAUUUUUAUGUUAAUUUAAUAUACUUUUAGAUAAACCUACUUUUAAUUUAUAUAGAGAAGAACCUUUGGCUGAUUUUUUAUUAAAGAAUCCUUCGUUAAAUUAAUUACAUUUGAUAAGGCCUUCAGAAAAUAAUGAGAUGGAAUUAUUUUCAUUGGAAGAAUUGGGAGAGAAAAUAUUAAUUAAGAAAUCCUUAUUGUAAUUUUUAAGUUAUUUGACUGCUUCAGUUAAUUUAUUGGCAUAAUUAUGUAAAGGUAGAAAUAAGAAAUGUAUGAAAAAAGUAUAAUUUUUGGGUAUAACUUCAAAUCAUAUUUAAAAUGUAAUAAAAUCAACUUAAAUUCCUUUAUCUAUGAAAAACAGUUAUCUUAAAUUAUAUGAAGUGUUAUAUAUAGAUAUUGAUCCUUUUUUACCAAUAUAUUCUUAAACAUGUUUUAUUUGGGGUUAAUUGUUAAUGGAAAAAGAUAAAAAGAUUGCUUAAAUUUUUAAUCAUUAUGUUGAAGCAGUGGAAGUGGGUAAAUUGACAAAGGAAUUUGAAGAGAAGAUGUUACCUUUAUUACUUGAAUUAUUAACUUAAGGUAAUAGUUUUUAGGAAGGAUUAAUAAAAGUUAAGAAAAAGAAGAUGCAUAUAAGAUUACCUUCUCUUAGUGGAAAUUAGGUAUAAACAGAGAAGGUUGAAUAGAAGAGUAAGAUUUCAUAAAAGAUAAAGUUUUUGACUACUCUUUAUCAUUUAAUUUAUAAAAUAAUAUAAUUGGGAUACUUAACAGAAGAAUAAAUUUGUUCAAUUGUAAAACCAAUGUUAUAAAUAUUUGUACCAUUUUUAUCAUAAAGAGAAAGAUAAGCAUUAGAAGUAAAGGAAAAUUGGUUAAAUGAAUUGAUUGGUUCUGCAAAAUCAUUAUAAUAAUAAGGUUUGGUUGAUUUGAUAGAUGAACUAUUUUCUAAUGCAGGAUUAUUAUUUAAAUAAUAUUUUACAAUAUAAUUGAAUGUAUAAAUUUAAGAAUUCUUAAGACAUUUUUAAAGAUCAUAUCAAACAUAUUGUUUAUAAUCAUUGGAGAAAUUAAUAGAAGAAGUUAGAGAGAUUAUUAUGAGAAUGUAAUUAGGAUAGAAUAAAAAUUUAGUUUUAGGAUAUUUAUUAGGGUUUUAUUGUUCUAAUUAUUUAUUUUAAAGUAAAGGUUUUAGAUUAUGUCAAGAAGCAUUAAAUUAAGGAGUUAAUUAAUAAUGGAUUUCAUAAUUAAGAUAAGCAGAGAUUAUAUUAGAUGGAGAUGAAUUAGAAUUAUAUUAAUAAUUGACUGGUAAUUCAUUAGUUGGACAAAUAUUCUCUCCAAUUAGAUUAGAAGUUUAAAUAUAAUAAUUAGAAGAUUCUUAGAAAAAGAAUUCAGAAGGAGGAGGUAAAUAAAAAGAUGAAAAAAAUUGGGAAAUUGAUAAUCAAUUAAAUAAAUUAAUUAAUCGUAUUAAAGAAAUAAAAAUGGAUUCAUUUAAAUUAACAAAAACAUAAAAUAUUUUAAGAAAUUUAGGUGUUCAUAAAUAAAUAUUAAGAUUGAUAAAAGCAUAACGUGAAUAGAGUGAUACACAAUAAAUCUCUAUUAAAUUUUUAUGUUUAUUUCUAUUGAAUAAUAAAUUAAAUUGUUCAGAAAUAUAAGAAGAUAUAUUUACAAUUAUUUAAUUAGCAUCUAGUAAUUUAAAAGUAUCAAAAUUGAUUGGUGUCUUUUGUUAAAGUUUAAAUGAUUAAUGGACUGUACUUCAAUAAUUAAUUAAAUCAAUUUUUGCAACUAUGCAUGAACAUAAAGGAACAUGUUAAUAAUUUUAUAAAGCAUUAUUAUCCAUAUUAUAAAAUAGACAACUCUCUUAAGAUCGUAUGAAUGCUUUAAAAAGAGAAAUCUUAAGUAAUCUAUUCAAAAUCCCUAGUUAUAUCAAUGACCUAUAAUAUUAUAAAUAAUUUAAUGAUGUAAAAAAUAAAAAAGAGGAAUAAUAAUUUUAUGGUAUGGAAUUUUAGAUUUUCUCAGCUUCAAAUGCAUUAACAGCUUAAGUUAUUAAAGAUUAUUCUUUAGGUAUUUAAUAAAUUCAAGGUAUUUUAUUUACUGAAUAAAUUAAUUAAAUGAUUCAUAAUCCUGCAAUAUCAUAUUUAAUUAAAUCUGAAUUAAUCAAAUUGGUUUAUAUUACUUAGAUAUAAUAAAUACAUACAUUUACUAUGUAAGAUAUGAGAGAAUUAUUAAUGUUAUUAUUGAAUGAUUUAUUGGCUUAUCCAAAAUAUUUAGAUGGAUUAUUAAAAUAAUGUGAGACUAAUACUGAAGAAGAUAAGGAGAAAAUUUAAAAGGAUAAAUUAUAAGUAGAUAUGAUUAAAUAAAAGAUGUUUUAAGAUACUGAAGAAAAGAAAAAGAAUUUAUUAGCAACAACACCUGGUAUGCCUAAUUAAACAAAUGCUGCUUAAUAAUAAGUUUAAUAAAUGAAUGAAUAAAAAAGAAUUGUUUUUGAUAAUACUGAAUAUUGGAAAUAUUUCCUUAAGAUUUCUAAUUGGUAAAAUAUUCAAUUUGGUGUUUUAAUGUUAUUACAAUAAUUAUUUUAAGAAAUAUAAAAUAGAAAAUGGAAUAUAUCAGAAAAUUAAUAAAAUUAAUAGAUUGCAUUAAUUGAAUAAAUCAAUUAAUUUACUGAGGAUUCACUCUAUGAACCAUUGGCUUUAAUUAAAUUAAUUUUAGAGAAUAUUAGACAAACUUUAAAUCUAAUUGAAACUACAUUGUAAUAUCCAAAAUAUCGAGUCUAUUUGGCAUAAUUAUAACAUUAUAUAUCUAAAUGUCUUAUGUAAUGUCCCUUAGAAUCCAAUUUAAAGAAUUUCAAAACUAUUAAAUAUGCUUAAGAAUAUAAGACUCAAAGAGCUAUCAAAACAUAAAUCAAAGAAUAUAAAUAAAAAGCUUUACCUAAACCAUCUUAAGAUGAAUUAAAAUUAAAUUUAAAUUAAUUUUAUGAAAAAUUGAAAUGUUAUAUGAUGGAAAAACAUCUCACAAUUAAUGAAAUGAUGGAUAAAAUCAAAGGAGAAUUUUAAUUUCACACAGAGUUAUUAAUAUCUGAAGGUUAAUAUAGUGUAAAUACUUAAGAUAAAUUAAUUGGUAAAGAUAAGUUUUGUAAUUUAUUCAAUCAAAUUUUGGAUGAACACUUUUAGUAAUUGAUAUAAAUUAAAUUAUCUAAAACUUUACCAGAUAUUUCUAAAUAUCUAACUUAUGAAGAUGCCUCAAAAUAUUAUGAAUCCUAUAUGUAAUUAAGAGAUUCCACCAAAAAUUUAUUAGAUAUAAGUAAUAUUCAUAACUAUUCUUUUCAUAGAUAAGUUUUUAUAAAAACUAAUAAACUAUUUCGAUAGUCAAAAAAUUAAAUACAAUAAAGUAGAACUUAAGGAAUUAUAAAAAAAGAAGAUUCAAUAGAAAAAUUAUCAACAAGAAGUAUUUCUUAUUUAUAAUAUAGUCUCUCUUUAUUUAAUAAACUUAUGGUUAAUUCAUUUAUCAAUAUGAAUUACUUAUCAAUCCAGAUAAUCCAUACAAUUUUUAUAGAUUAGAUAAAGCUUUAUUUAAUGAUCUCUAAGAAUAAUUCCUUUUAAAAUUAUCUAAUGAUGAUGAAGUUACUUACAUAUUUUCUAGAUUACUUAAAGAAGAGGCUAUCUAAUAAAAAUAAUUAGCAUUAAACAUAAUUUAUGAAUGUUUACAAAGAGAUUAAUCUAUUAUUGAAAAAGAUAGAUUAUUACAUUUUUGUCUUAAACAAAUACCUUUCUUAAUGAUGUAUUUAGAAGAAACCGAUAAUGAGUAUACAAUUAAAAGUAUUAAGAAAGUCAAAAAAACUCUAUUUAUUUUUGAGUAAAUUUAAAUAAUGAAUAAAUAACAAUUAGCCACUGUUAUCUAGAAUGAUUGUUGGUUUUAAUUCAAUAAAUUUAUAUCACGCACAUUUAAUUAAGUUGAUAGAUUAUUUAGUUUAGAGUAGCAUCUUAAAUAAAGUACAUAAAGUAAUGAUAAUCGUUUAUUCAUUAAUAAGACUGAUCUAAGCAAUGAAAAGAAUUAAUUGCUAGGAUAAUUUUUUAAAAUUAUUGCUUCUAUUUUAAGACUUAUAGGUAAACUUAUCCAAUGUUUAGAAGUCUCUUCACAAUUUGGAGAUUCUGCAAAUCAAUCUUCUCUUACUGAAGAAGUUCUAUAUUUUACUACCAAUUAUUUUAAUUAUAUUAAUAGAUCAUAAUUAACUCAUAUAUGUACAGAAACUGAUAUUUUAACACUAUAUACUGAAUCUUUCAGAUGUUUAAAUAAUUUUUGUGAAGGAAAUACUCAAAACUAAAAUUUAGUAUUUAAUCAUAAACCCUUAAUUUAAAUUAUUUAAUUUGUCAUUACAACUCCAAAGUAUGAUAUUUUGGCUGAUAAUUUAUAAGAUAAUAAUUACAGAACCUUAUUUAAAGCAACAAUAAAACUACUUUUAUUGGUUCAAUUAGAUUUACAUCAAAGUUACACUGAAUUGAACUUUUAAAUCCUUUUUGAAAAACUAUUGACUAUUUAUGAUACCUUUGCUCCUCGGCUCUAAAUUAUAAUUCAAGGAUAGAAAUGUACACAUGUGGAUAACAUUAAUUGCACUUAUUUAAAAUGUUAACAUAAUUUAAUUGCUCCAGGAGAAUUUGAGGUAUUUACAAUCUGUUUUGAUUUGAUUAUUCUAUUUAAUAUCCUUUGUGAAAAGAUCGACAAAGUGGGUAAGGGAGAAAUCAAGAGAGAUUAUUGGCAAACCCUUAAAGAUAGAGUAAUUGGAGAUUAGAUUCAUGAUUUAUCAUUGAAUUAGAAGCAAAAUAUCAAUUUCUUAAGAAUUUAUUUGAGUAUGAAAUAAUUUGUCAAAUAACAGCCAUUUGAUGAUAAGAGGAGAGAUUUGUUAAGAGAGUAUUUAUAAUCUAAUGAAUCUGUGAUAACAUCAUUAGAAAUUAAGGAACAUAAGUAAUAGCAAAAAAUAAAUGUAAAAAAGAAAUCUACAAGUAUUAAAUCUCCUGUUGUUCUAAAAAAAUAAUAAUCUCUAUUAGGUGAUAUGGCUAGUCCCAAAAGUAAAUUAAAAGAAAGUAUUUACAAGAUAACAAAUAAAAAAUUAUAAGUGAAAUAAACUUUAGAAGAGGCUAUUCCUUUUAAAAAAUUUGAAGAACAGGAUGCUGUAAUUGAAACACAUGGAAAAAGAGAAAGUAAGAUGGAAUAAAAAUUAGAAGAAAUUGCAAUUAAUUGGUUAGAAGGAGCCUAAUAAAAUAAUUAAAGAGAUAUUAUUAAAUAAAAUAUGUGUUUGAAAAUGGCAGAAGCUAUUAAUUUUUUUAGUAAGUAUGUUGGAUAAAUAUAAAUUAAAAGAAAUGAUGAAACAAAAUUAUAGUACUUUGUUUUACCAUUUUAAUCAUCAUUCUUAUUAAAAUAAACUACAAAAAAAGCUAAAAUGCUUAGAAUGAGAAGAGGUCGAUAUGAAUAAUUAAAAACAAUGUCAGAUUAUUUUUAAAAAGAAGUAAUUUUUAGAUAACAUAUUUCUAUGUAUCCAAAAUUAAAUUGGUUUUCAAUUAAUAUACAUCUCAUUAAAUCAUUUAACUAUUUACUUGUUUUAACAUUAAAUAUAUGCUAUUUAGCUGAUUUAGAAAGAUAAUCAGAAACAUAUUAAUUUAAAAAUCAAACAGUUCAUAUUAUUGUAAUUAUUUUAACUAUUAUUUUAAUACUCUUAUCUUUAUUUGUAUUAAUAAUAGAGAUAAUUAAUUAAUAACCAUAUAUAGCAUUUAGAGUUAAUUAUUAUAGAGAAUAGAAUUAUGAAGAUAAUUCUCUAGGAUUCAAAGGUAAUGAUAAUAGUUUAAAUUACAUUUAUCCAAAUUUAUAAAGACUUAAGAAAACUAAUUAAAAAAAGAAAAUUAAAAUGCAUUAAUACUUUACCUAAAAUAGAAUAUUGGCGUAAAUAACUAAUGUAACAUUUUUAUAUCAUUUAUGCUAUUUGGUUUUAGCAGCUCUAUCAUUUUUGGCAUCACCAUUUAUUUCCUUAUUACUUUUUGACAUAGUUCCAAGAGUGAAAGUAAAUAAAUUAAUAAAUUUUAGGGUUUAAAAAAAGUAUUAGAAUCUGUUUUUGUAAAUAUUGGCAAAAUCAUUCUCAUAUUUUAUUUAGCAUUGAUAGUAAUUCAUUGUUAUGCUUUCUUGGCAUUUUUAAUAGAGGAUAUAUCAGUAUUCCAAGAAGAUUAAAGUUUGGAGCUUCCAUUCAUUACUAUUUUCCUAAGAUUUUUUGGGAAUGGAUUUAGGUUAUAGAAUGCUUUUAGUUAAACUGAUGUGUAUCCUGAUUAAUAAUGGGGUAAUUAUAUAUUUUUGGUAACUUUUUUUUUGGUUGUUUUUAUAAUUUGUUUUGCUUUAAUAAUAAGCAUUAUUACAGGACAAUAUUCUCAUAAAAAUCUAUUAUCUAAAAAUUAAAAGAAUAAAUCUUGUAAAAUUUGUAAUAUAUCAUAUUAUUAAUGUCGAGAGAAGUAUAAAAAAAUAAUAAUAUUUUUUAGAAAUAUAAGUUGGCAAGAACAUAUAGAAAAGGUGCAUAAAUUAUCUGCAUAUUUAUUUUUUAUAAUAUGUUUGUAAUAGAAAUAGGAAUUAAAUUAUGUUGAAAGAGAAAUUGCUAAAAAAUUACUCGAAAAAGAUAUGUCUUGGUUACCCACAAUUUGA